CUUGGAUUCUGCAGUACCUGUUCCACAUGAUUGGCAAGAGGCAAAGAAAUACCCAGAAUGGAGGAUGGCAAUGCUAGAAGAAAUGCAAGCACUAGACAAAAACAACACAUGGGAGAUGAUGACAAGGAGAUAUCACAUCUGAAGGAGAUGUUGUCAAAAUCAUUUGAAGUCAAGGACUUGGGGUAUCUUCACUACUUCCUUGGAAUCGAGGUUGCAUAUGGUAUUCAAGGUAUUUAUCUCUCACAAAGGAAAUAUGUACUCGAUUUACUUGCGGAGACUGGAAUGCUCAACUGUAGACCAGCAAUCACCCCCGUUGAAUCAAAUCAUCGCACUUUAGCAGAAUUUGGUGAUCCAGUGGAUAAACACCAAUAUCAAAGACUAGUGGGGCGCUUAAUCUACCUAUCACACACCAGACCGGACAUUGCAUAUGCAGUUAGUGUUGUCAGUCGAUAUAUGCAUGACCCUCGCACCGGUCACUUGGAUAUUGUGAAUCGUAUCUUACGGUAUCUUAAAACCUGCCCUGGGAAGGGUAUCUUGUUCUCCAGAAAUGGGCACCUAAAGAUAGAAGGUUACACAGAUGCAGACUGGGCUGGGUGCCUAGAUGAUAGAAAAUCAACCACAGGCUAUUGUGUGUUUGUUGGUGGUAACUUGGUUAGUUGGAGGAGUAAGAAACAGAACGUAGUUUCCAGAUCCACAGCGGAAGCAGAGUUUAGAGCUAUGGCCUCGGGCUUAUGUGAGUUGAUGUGGCUGCGGAUAUUAUUGAUGGAACUAGGGCUCUUUGAUAAUACACCCCUUCAACUCUACUGUGAUAAUCAAGCUACAAUCAGGCUUGUGAAUAAUCCCGUUCAUCAUGAUAGGACAAAACAUAUCGAAAUAGAUAGGCACUUCAUAAAAGAGAAGAUAGAUGGGGGAUUAAUUCGAGUCCAGUUUGUUAGAUCUGGAGAACAAAUCGCUGAUAUGUUGACCAAAGGAGUGUGCAAUGUAUCUUUUAUGAAAAUCUGUAGCAAGAUGGGGCUCUUAAAUAUAUUUGCCCCAUCUUGAGGGGGAGUGUUGGAGUUGUGUUAGAUAUUUGUAUAGUA